AUGGCGAAGACCUUCAGCAAAGACGAAGUGGCGUCGCACAGCAAGGGCGACAGCCUUUGGAUCGUCAUCGACGAAGAUGUCUACGACGUCUCCAAAUUUUUGGAUGAGCACCCUGGUGGGAAGAAAAUCCUCCAGCGAGUUGCCGGAAAAGAUGCCUCGAAGCAGUUUUGGAAGUACCACAACGAGGGAAUCUUAAAGAAGUACAAGGGGCAGUUGCAGAUCGGCUCAUUGGAUACUAAGAAGGUCGAGGCUGCUCCGGCCCCAGCACCCAAGCCGGCCGCCCCGAAGCCUUCGGCAGAGCCUGCCUCCGGUGACUUCAAGCCACCGGCAACUGCCGAGCCUCAGGAUCCGUUUGGCGAGUUGAUCCCGUUCGCCGAUCCCUCAUGGUACCAGGGUUAUUCUUCGCCUUAUUUCAACGAGACGCAUGCUGCUCUCCGUGAGGAAAUCCGCCAAUGGGUCGAUACCGAGAUCGAGCCGUACGUGACCGAGUGGGAUGAGGGCAAGCAGGUCCCAGACCACAUAUACAAGCAGAUGGGUGAACGAGGCUACCUUGCUGGUCUGCUGGGUGUGAAGUAUCCCGAGCAGUACACUCCUUAUCGUGUCCAGUCUGUUGCUCCAGAGCGCUGGGACCUGUUUCACGAGAUGCUGCUUACUGAUGAGCUGUCGCGUGCGGGCAGUGGUGGUCUGGUCUGGAACUUAGUUGGUGGUUAUGGAAUUGGCUGUCCCCCUCUCGUGAAGUUUGGCAAGAAGGAGCUUGUGGACCGGAUCCUGCCAGGUAUCUUGGCUGGCGACAAGCGCAUUUGCUUGGCAAUCACCGAGCCUGAUGCCGGUAGUGAUGUUGCCAACCUGGGCUGUGAGGCCAAACUCAGCGAGGACGGCAAGCACUACAUUGUCAAUGGCGAGAAGAAGUGGAUCACCAACGGUGUCUGGGCUGAUUAUUUCACCACUGCUGUCCGAACUGGCAAGCCCGGGAUGAACGGCCUGAGUGUCCUCCUCAUUGAGCGCGAGGCUGGCGGAGUCAGUACCCGCCGCAUGGAUUGUCAGGGUGUCUGGAGCAGUGGUACUACGUAUGUGACCUUCGAGGACGUCAAGGUCCCCGUCGAGAACUUGAUUGGCAAGGAGAACCAGGGCUUUAAGGUGAUCAUGACGAACUUCAACCACGAGCGAAUCGGCAUCGUCAUCCAAUGUGUCCGCUUCGCCCGUGUUUGCUACGAGGAGUCUAUGAAGUAUGCCCACAAACGCAAGACUUUCGGCAAGCGCCUGGUCGACCACCCGGUCAUCCGCAUGAAGCUGGCCCACAUGGCCCGCCAGAUCGAGGCUACCUACAACUGGCUCGAGAACAUUAUCUUUCAGUGCCAGUGCAUGGAGGAGACCGAAGCCAUGCUCAAACUGGGCGGUGCCAUUGCCGGCCUGAAGGCCCAGUCCACCCAGACCUUCGAGUUCUGCGCCCGUGAGGCCAGCCAGAUCUUUGGCGGCCUUAGCUACAGCCGUGGCGGCCAAGGUGGCAAGAUCGAGCGCCUGUAUCGUGACGUUCGUGCCUACGCUAUCCCGGGUGGAAGCGAGGAGAUUAUGCUUGAUCUGAGCAUGCGCCAGAGCUUGCGCGUGCAUGAGAUGUUCGGUAUGAAGCUCUAA